AUGACGCGGGCCAACAUUGCCAUGGCGAACAGACGUGCCAGCAACAGCAACGUUACCGGUGGUGACAACAGCUACGACGACAGCAGCGGCGGCGACAACAGCGGCGGCCGCGCCGCGUCUACCCGCGAGGUCGUAUUUCCGGAUUCGUUCGAGGUGCUACCGCGGCCGCACGACCUCAGCGUCGUCUUCAUGGCCGGUGUGUCGCACGAGCAGCAGCGCAAGUUCCGCUGUCGUUUUUGCGGCAAAGGCUACCGGUGGAAGAGCACGAUGCGUCGCCACGAGACGGUGGAGUGCGGCGGCAAACCGCCGGCCUUCCAGUGUCCGGAAUGCCCGUACAAAGCGCGGCAACGCGGAAAUCUGACCGUGCACUUUAAGCGGCACCAUCAGAAGAUGGGCUACGACGAAGGCUCUUCAGCGUCUUAA